AUGCAAUAGAUGCAUAUGAAGCAAGCGGCCUCCUACACCAGAAUCCAAGCAUGGAAGCGCUGCAUGUCUCUAGCCCAACGCUGCACCACAAUGCGCACACUCAAACCCACCCACGCCGUCUUCAUCACCCACGGCCUCCACCUCAACAACUUCGCCCUCAGCAAGCUCCUCUCCUUCUGCGCCCUCUCCGGCCAUCUCCGCUACGCCUCUCUCCUCUUCACCCAAGUCCCCACCCCCAACGCCUACAUGUACAACACUCUAAUCCGGGCCCACUCCAGCUCUAGCUCGCCUCAUCUGGCCGUGCAUUAUUUCCGGCUCAUGUUGAAACAGACCGACAUCGAACCCGAUAACUUCACGUUUCAUUUCGUCAUCUUGGGUUGCGUGAAUUGUUGCUGUCUUGCUGCAGGGAGGCAGAUGCAUUGCUGUGUGGUUAAGAAUGGGUUGGUUGCGGCGGAUGCGCAUGUUCAGACUGCGAUUUUGAGGCUGUAUGUGGAGUGUGGGGUUUUAGGGGAUGCACGGAAGGUGUUCGAUGGAAUUCCUGUGAGAGAUUUGAUACAGUGGAAUGUGAUCAUGAAUGGGUACGUCAAGCGCGGCUUGGCUUCCGAGGCUUUGAGGGUUUUUGGGGAUAUGUUGGUCGGUGGAGCUGAGCCUGAUGGGUUUUGUGUGGCCACGGGGCUCGCGGCGUGUGCGCAUUUGGGGGCUCUGUGGCAGGGGAAGUGGAUUCAUGAGUAUGUUAGAAAGAGGGAAGGGUUGAAAUCGGAUGUGGUUAUUGGGACGGCGCUUGUGGAUAUGUAUGGUAAGUGUGGCUGUAUUGAUUUGGCUGUGGGAGCGUUUGAGGGGAUGACGGAAAGGAAUGUAGUGUCGUGGUCGGCGAUGAUUGGGGCGUUUGGGGCGCAUGGUUAUGCAGCAGAGGCAAUUUCUUGCUUGGAGAGAAUGCAGGUAGAUGACGGAAUCAAGCCUGACAGCGUCGUGCUUCUUGGAGUACUAAUGGCCUGUAGUCAUGCAGGACUGCUCGGGAAGGGUAAGACUUUGUUGGAUAAUAUGAAAGCUCAAUAUGGGAUGGUGCCCAAACACGAGCACUAUAGUUGUGUUGUAGACUUGCUGUGUAAGGCAGGUCGAUUAAGUGACGCAUUUGAGCUCAUUGGAAGAAUGCCCAUGAAGCCGCUUGCUUCUGUGUGGGGUGCUUUAUUGAGUGGGUGCCGUAUCCAUAAUAAUGUAGACCUCGCGGAGAUUGCUGCCGAACAACUUUUGCAGGUAUCAAAUGAUGACAAGGGGGAAGAGAUCAGUGCUUAUGUUCAGUUGUCAAACAUUUAUUUAGGUGCCCGGAGGAGUGAAGACGCAGUUAGGAUAAGGAAGAUGAUUGGUGACAAGGGAAUGAAGAAGACACCAGGCUGCAGCAUAAUAGAGGUGGAUGGUAAGGUUAAUGAGUUUGUUUCAGGGGAUGUGUCCCAUUCACUUUGUGUUCAAAUAUGUACAAUGUUAGAUCUAAUAUCUGCUGACUCGGUUCAAGACCCGUAAAUCUAGUGAUAUGUAUAAACCAACUGUAGCUGUAGUUAUUCAUUGUACGUAUUCAUGGAUGCUAUAAUCGCAAUGCAAUCA